GGCGCUGGCAGCUGUCGAGCCAACGCAUCAAUUUGACAACACUUAGCAUGCCCGUCCGGCAGACUACCCAUGCAUGUACACCUCGACACGCCCGCUGCUUUAACUGCCCAUUGCCAUGGCCAUCGCCCGCGCCUGCUCGCCCGCGCUGCCCUUAGCUGCCCAUGGCCGCCCGUCAUCGACGGCACUGCGUCCACAGUCGCAACUUUUUGCCAUUGCACGCCAAUUCGCUCCGCCGAACCUUUUGUGCCGACACGAGCUGAGCCCACGCUCCACUAGUUUCCUGCUCCGGCCAAUUGGCAUGGCAACUACUCAGCAUUGCCCCGAGGUAUCGUGGAUCGCCUGCCGCCCACGCUCAAGGGGCCGCCAUCCAGCCCAGUCUAAAUGACGCUCAACCCUCCGGCUCCAGCGGAAGCUGGCCUCAGUGGAUGUGAUAUUAUGCAGCUUUAUCAUCACAGGGGCGGGGUUGCGGCCAUCAGUCGGCAUCGAGGGGUCAGAGCCACGCCCCGUAGACCCGC